GUUAUCUGCGAAGCCAUGUGGAGGCUGCAGCGGUGCAUACUGCACGCGGGGCGGAGGGGGGAGGGAGGGGCCAUCGCCGCCGCGCGCUCCUCCCGCCACUCGAGUGCCGCGCGUCACGCGAGCCGCACGCAUUCGUCCUCCGUCUCCCGCGAGACAGCGUGUGUGUCCGAUCUCGGUGGUGUAAAAAUAAAGCCGGCGACAGACGGCGGCGUCCCAAGUUUAUAUUUAAAUGAUAGCACACAGCGGCCCGACUCGGCUCGGACGCUCGCCAUGCGACUAAGUCGGGGCAUAGUGUGCGAGUGCGCAGGCGCGAGCGCUUGCCCCGACGGCGCGGCUAACGGCACGUGCGUCACGCAGCCUGGGGGCUACUGCUUCGUGUCUGUGGAGGAGGUGCUCGAUGACAACAGUCUGGUGGUGCUUGAACGCACCGCUGGAUGCCUGCCGCCUGAUGAGUCUGGGUUUAUGCAGUGCAAAAGCUCCCAAGUGCCGCACUUGCACCCGAAAGCGAUCGAGUGCUGCAACGACGCGGACCUGUGCAACCGGCGGCUGCGGCCGCAGCUGCCCGAGCUGCCGCCCGACGUGACGGAGGCGCCGCGCGCCCCGCACGCCGCCGCCGGCAGCCCCACGCUGCUCGUGGCCAUCGCCCUCUGCGUCGCGCUCGUCGCAGCGCUCGGCGCGUUCUACCUCCUCUUCAGAAAACGACGCCGCGCCUGCAAGCGCCCGCCUUCCCCGCCCUCCACGCACCACGCAGAAAUAUCGUCCGGUUCUGGCUCCGGCCUCCCCCUCCUCGUUCAACGAACCGUCGCCAAACAGAUCCAAAUGGUCGAAUCCAUCGGCAAAGGACGCUACGGCGAAGUCUGGCUCGCGCGGUGGCGUGGAGAAAAAGUCGCCGUCAAAGUGUUCUUCACGACCGAGGAGGCUUCAUGGUUCCGGGAAACCGAAAUCUAUCAAACGGUCCUGAUGAGACACGAGAACAUCCUCGGGUUCAUCGCGGCGGACAUAAAAGGCACCGGUUCCUGGACGCAGAUGCUUCUCAUCACCGACUACCACGAGAACGGCUCGCUCCACGACUACCUGCAGACGGUCGUCCUCGACACCCACAGCCUCACCACGAUGGCGUACUCGAUCGUCAGCGGCCUCGCGCACCUGCACAUGGACAUCUUCGGCACGAAAGGCAAGCCGGCGAUAGCGCACAGGGACAUCAAGAGCAAGAACAUCCUCGUGAAACGGAACGGGCAGUGCGCGAUCGCGGACUUCGGGCUCGCGGUGCGGUUCGUGGCGGAGCGCAACGAGGUGGACAUCGCGCCCAACACGCGCGUCGGCACGCGCCGCUACAUGGCGCCCGAGGUGCUCGAUGAGAAGCUCGACGUGACCAACUUCGAGGCGUUCAAGAUGGCCGACAUGUACUCGCUGGGGCUGGUGCUGUGGGAGAUGUGCCGGCGCUGCGCCACGGGCGACAAGGCGCAGUACGUGGAGGCGUACGCGCUGCCGUACCACGACGAGGUGCCGGCCGACCCAUCGUUCGAGGACAUGCACGCGGUGGUGGUGGCGGCGGGGCGGCGGCCGCCUAUGCCGGCGCGCUGGCGGUCGGCGCCGACGCUGGCGGCGCUGGCCGCCGUCAUGGCCGAGUGCUGGCACCACGCGCCGCCCGUGCGGCUCACGGCGCUGCGCGUCAAGAAGACGCUCGCCAAGUUCCACAGCGACACCAGCGUCAAGCUCGUGUGACGCCCGCCGUGGCCGCGCUCUGUGUGUAAAUAUGUACUCUAGUUGACGGUGAACACGUUUAAUUUAGGUUCAUUAAGUUCCUCGAUAUUUAUUUGUAAUUCGCGCGUGAGUCGACCGACGGCACCCAUCGAAGUUAAAUUCAGAUUUGACCACCGUUCUUGUAUCUCAGUAUUGUUAAGUUUAUUCAGGCAGCUCCGACCCCAGUGAUUGUAUAAUUAUACGUCUACCUUAUGAACUGAAAACUGAAA